GAAAAAAUUGACAGCGCAUGUUGGAGUAAAGUGUGACCCUAACACUGCCAAACAGCUGAAAGGUCGCAGGUCACAGGGUAUCUAAUUUACUCCACAUGUUUUGGGUGAAUGUUUCGGAGAUCGUUAGCAAUGGAGAAGCUGACAUUCUACAAACUGAUGACACGUUUAAUAAGCAGGAGAAGGCUGUAUCCCCAAUAUAUCAGAACCAUACAAACAUCUCAAGUUCAGAGGAACGAUGAAUCUGACAAUGAUGCACAAAAAAAGGAAAGUUUGGCAUCUCUUCUUGGUGGGAUGAAGAUUGUUAAGGCACCAGGGAAGUCUAGACCAUCCCCCAUGCCUGAGAGAAUCAAGAAAACAGGACAGAGUAUUAGGGAGGCAGAUGAUGAUGAAUCUAUAACAAGAAAAGACAAAGUAAGCUUGAAAAGGAUGUUCUUGGAAGCAAAACAAGAAAUCAAUGAUAAAGAUGAACUGCCAGAAAUAGUAGUAGAACCCGCGUUACUUAAUGCUGCCCAGUCAGUAGCAGAAUCCCUGCCAGGUGAUGCAAGAAAAACAAAGUCUGAUCUUUUAAAACAGUUGCAAAGACAUGAAGAUGCAACAGAGGCCGGACAACGAGGAGAGAAAACACAAAUCAGUGAUUUGAUGUCUGGACUUAAAGUGGAGAAGCAGGCACCUGCAAAACCAGAUUGGGAAAGUCAGAAGAGAGAGUUUGGCAUCCACGAAGUGAUGGAUUUAGACUCGGAUGAUGUAAUGGGCAGAGAUCAUGGGAAUGUCAGAUCACAUGUACAAGAUAACGUAGAUGAAGAGACAACAAAACAUCCAUACAGAAGACAAAGAAGAAGAACAUUAUUUGAUCGAAAGAGAUUGAAUAUUUUUAAUCCUGUAUUAGAUAAAAUUGAAGACCAAGUUGAUGAGAAGCCUAUAUCAAUAUGGGAUGUUGAGGCAGAGAAACAAUUACAUGCUUUGGAGACUUCACCUAUAAGAAAUGGCUUUGAUGAAAUGAUACAAUGGACAAAGGAAGGAAAAUUAUGGAGAUAUCCCAUUGAUAAUGAACAAGGUCUUGAAGAAGAGCAAAAUGUUGGAUUUCAUGAACAUGUUUUCCUAGAUCAUGAAUUGAAGACCGGAUUCCCCAAAAAAGGGCCAGUUAAACAUUUUAUGGAACUUGUAAUUACCGGACUUUCUAAGAAUGCUUAUCUAACAGUCCAACAGAAGAAAGACCAUAUUGAUUGGUUUAGAGUAUACUUCAAAGACAAGAAAGCUGUUUUAAAAGAAGCUGGAGCUCUGUUGGAAGAAGAUAAUAGGAAUCAAAUAAAAAACUGAAAAAAGACAAAAUUUAAACCCAAAUUCCUCCAUCCUAUUGUGCAAAUGUCUGACUAAAAGCAAUGAGAAAAACGGAACACCUUGUUGAUACAAAUCAGACUUUGUAUCCAGUCAUACAAGUAUGGACAGACAAACUGAAGCAUAUUACUAUUAAAUCAUUGGCAAUGCCAUUAAGUACAGUUUCUUAUCCUGUUUUUAAAUUGAUCUGAUUUUUUUCCCCCACUUCAUCGUUGAUGUUGC